CUGGACAAUCAAACGAGUCUGUCAGAUCUGUGAAGUUUCCGCAGGUGAACGCGCUCUAAACGCGCUCUAAACGCGCUCUGUUCGCGUCAUGUCUCUGUGGCGCUGGGGCGUCUCGAUGCGACGCCACUGCGCCAGCUCCGGAUCAGCGGCGAACGCGCUGCGCAGAGGAGACUGGAGAGCUUUGAGUGGACCUGCGAAGGACAAAGAGCCUCUGAAGAAGCCAAACACUCCUCGAGGGCGAUUUGACCAAACGGAGAAGGCUGACGAUGUGCUCCAAAAGUUUCCCGACGACAUAAACCCCGUCACCAAAGAGAAGGGAGGCCCCCGAGGGCCCGAGCCAACGCGCUACGGAGACUGGGAGCGGAAAGGCCGCUGUGUGGACUUUUAGCUGGUCUACCUUGUAUAAUAGUGUGUGUAAUGAUGUGUAUAUAAAUGUAAGAGGCCCCUGUGUCUCACUUUCAUGACACUGACAAAAACAAAGAGAUAUUCAAAUCAGAAAAAAUAAAGGCCUGAAUCUGUCAGUCAGACGUUUCCAUCUUUACAUAAACUUCAUUAUGUAAAAGUGUUGUGGCUCUGAAGAGAGUCAGUGUCUUAUCUGAGCUGUCAUCCUCGUGAUUCUGACCCUGAAAACGACGGCACUCACAGCCUGAAGACUGCACUUUUAUAAUGAGCCGUUCAAACAUCUUAUUGUUGUGGCAGUGGCUCGUUUGAGUCGGCACAGUGCAGUGUGUCGGGUUGUCUCUGUUUAUGUAAAGGCAGCUGUAACAUGAACCCCCUUUAGACCCACUGCUGUUUGUCUUUAUUUGUCCAGUAAGAGUCCAGUGAGAGACACCACUCUCUCAUGAGCCUGAUCAAACACACAACAAUACAAAC